AUGUCAUUCACAACAGUCACCGGUGUCGCCCUCGUAACAGCUUUAGGAAUAGGCCGAGAAACAGGUUAUGCAUUUGCGGAAGCCGGUGCUCUCACGGUGAUAUUCGCCGACAUCAAUCUCGAAGGCGCCAACAUCAGUGCCGAGAAGAGCAAAGAAUUUUCAACCAAUCCCAAAUAUCAAUAUGCAGCCCUCAAAGUCGAUGUUGCGGAUGCAGAAAGUGUUCAGGCCAUGGUUGAUUGGACUGUCAAGAAGUAUGGUCGAAUCGAUUACUUUGUUCACAGUGCAGGUAUAGGAGCCGCAUCUCUCGCCCCCACGUCCGACAUCGAUAUCGCCAACUUCGAUAAAACCAUCUCCGUCAACACUCGUGGAGCCAUGCUCUGUACGCGUGCCGUGACCAAAGCAAUGACAACGCAAGAACCUCUCACAAUCAGAGGCCGUCAUGGUUUAGAACGCAGUCUGGGUCGAGGAUGUAUUGUCAAUCUCGCAAGUAGUGCUUCCUAUAUUGCGGCGCCGGGAAUGAUGGCUUACGUGGCUUAUAAACAUGCCGUUAUGGGUAUCACCAAGGUUUCUGCACUCGAUAACGCAAAACACCAAAUCCGCGUCAAUGCGCUCUGUCCAACCUGGGUAGAGACUUCAAUGCUAGAACGCAGUCUAGGUCGCUGGAAAGGGCUGGAUCAGGUUAUUCAAAAGAGUUCACCUGCUGGUCGACCUGCUACACCAGAGGAAGUGGCAAAUGUGGCGGUGUUUUUGUGCAGUCCUUCUGCAAGUUAUGUUAAUGGGGUAGGUUUAUUGGUUGAUGCUGGUAUGACAGUCACGGCGCAUCUUUAA